AUGGAACGUAAUGGUUCCCGCCAAAAUGAACAUCCGCACGACAAACCCAGGCGAUGUCCGUCCCGUCGCCUUUCCAUCGCCCUCGCAAACACACGCGUAACGGCCCUCCCGUCGUCGUCACGGUCUCCCCUCCUGGUCUGUUAUUCUCCCGUUCACCCCUCUUGUCCUCUCGCCCUCGCGAUUUCCCUCCGAUCCCGUCGCCUUCCCGUUCUCCCGCCCCUCGCCUUCGAUGUCCCCUCUUCCUUCCCGUCGCCCUCACUAUCUCCCUUCCCUCACGUUGCCUUCGAUGUCCCCCUUUUCCCUCGCGAUAUCCCUUCCCCCUCCCGUCGCCUGUCCGCUCUCUCUCCCGUCGCCUGUCCGCUCCCCCCGCCCUCGCCUUCGUGCUCUCUCUCCCGUCGCCUUCGUGCUCUCCCUCCCGUCGGCUUCGCGCCCUCCCUCCCGUCUCUUUCGCGCUCUCCCUCCCGUUGCCUGUCCGCCCUCCCUCCCGUCUCCUUCGCGCUCUCCCUCCCGUUGCCUGAACCCCCGUCCCUCCCUUCACCUUCGCGCUCUCUCUCCCGUCGCCUGUCCGCUCCUCCUCCCCUCGCCUUCGUGCUCUCUCUCCCGUCGCCUUCGUGCUCUCCCUCCCGUCGGCUUCGCGCCCUCCCUCCCGUCUCCUUCGCGCUCUCCCUCCCGUUGCCUGUCCGCCCUCCCUCCCGUCUCCUUCGCGCUCUCCCUCCCGUUGCCUGUCCGCCCUCCCUCCCUUCGCCUUCGCGCUCUCUCUCCCGUCGCCUGUCCGCUCCCCCUCCCCUCGCCUUCGCGCUCUCCCUCCCGUCGGCGCCCUCCCUCCCGUCUGCUUCGCGCUCUCCCUCCCGUUGCCUGUCCGCCCUCCCUACCUUCGCCUUCGCGCUCUCUCUCCCGUCGCCUGUCCGCUCUCCCUCCCAUCGCCUUAUCGCUCUCCCUCCCGUCGCCUUUCUCCUUCCCCACUUCAUCUCCUAUCGCUCACGUCCUCCCCUCCCAUCGGCAUCGCGCUCACGUUCCGCCCUCCCGUCACCAUCGCGCUCACGUGCACCUGUCUUCGCAUCGCCUUCGCGCUCAUGGCCUCCCCUCCGAUCACGUCUCGCGACAUAA